AUGGCUGACGUCGAGGGUUCCCCAGGUAGCUCCAUGCAUGGAGUGACGGGCAGAGAACAAACCUUUGCCUUCUCUGUUGCUUCUCCUAUAGCCCCAACAGAUACAACAGCAAAAUUUGCAUUGCCAGUUGAUUCUGAGCACAAGGCUAAAGUGCUCAAAGUAUUCUCUUUAGCUAAGCCUCACAUGAGAACAUUUCACCUUUCUUGGAUAUCCUUCUCCGUUUGUUUUGUCUCCACUUUUGCCGCAGCACCCCUCGUUCCCAUUAUUCGGGACAACCUUAAUUUAACCAAAAGUGACAUUGGUAAUGCUGGGGUUGCUUCUGUCUCUGGGAGCAUCUUCUCCAGGCUUGUAAUGGGCGCAGUUUGUGACCUCCUGGGGCCACGAUAUGGGUGUGCUUUUCUGAUCAUGCUCUCAGCCCCAACUGUGUUUUGCAUGUCCUUUGUGUCCUCAGCUGGAGGAUACAUAGCGGUCCGUUUCAUGAUUGGAUUCUCUCUUGCAACCUUUGUGUCUUGCCAGUACUGGAUGAGCACCAUGUUUAACAGCAAUAUUAUAGGACUUGUCAAUGGAACUGCAGCCGGUUGGGGUAAUAUGGGUGGAGGUGCAACUCAGCUCAUAAUGCCCAUGGUCUACGAACUGAUCAAACGAGCUGGUUCAACUCCAUUCAGUGCUUGGAGAAUAGCAUUUUUCAUUCCAGGAUGGCUUCAUGUUAUCAUGGGAAUCUUAGUCUUGAAUCUAGGCCAAGACUUGCCUGAUGGGAAUCUCGGUGCCCUACAGAAGAAGGGUGAUGUUGCCAAAGAUAAGUUCUCCAAGGUACUAUGGUAUGCUGUUACAAACUAUAGGACCUGGAUCUUUGUCCUUCUCUAUGGCUACUCCAUGGGAGUUGAAUUAUCCACCGAUAAUGUUAUUGCCGAGUACUUCUAUGAUAGGUUCGAUCUAAAGCUUCACACAGCUGGUGUCAUUGCUGCUACCUUUGGUAUGGCUAACAUUCUAGCUCGACCAUUCGGUGGAUAUUCUUCAGACUUAGCAGGAAGAUACUUUGGAAUGAGAGGGAGAUUAUGGGUGCUCUGGAUUUUACAAACUCUUGGAGGAGUCUUCUGUAUUUGGCUUGGCCGUGCUAAUUCACUUCCCAUUGCUGUUGUGGCAAUGAUUCUCUUCUCUAUUGGAGCUCAAGCAGCUUGUGGAGCAACAUUUGGUAUCAUUCCCUUCAUUUCUCGACGAUCGUUGGGAAUCAUAUCAGGUCUUACUGGUGCAGGUGGAAAUUUUGGGUCUGGAUUGACACAAUUAUUAUUCUUUUCAAGCUCAAGAUUAUCCACAGCAGCAGGUCUAUCCUGGAUGGGUGUUAUGAUUUGUGGUUGCACUCUUCCUGUGACUUUGGUUUACUUCCCACAAUGGGGUGGCAUGUUCUUUCCUGCAUCAAAGGACGUAGUGAAAUCUACCGAAGAGUCCUAUUAUGCAUCAGAGUGGAACGAGGAGGAGAAGCAAAAGGGCAUGCACCAGCAAAGCCUCAAGUUUGCUGAGAACAGCCGGUCUGAACGUGGCAAGCGCAUUGCCUCUGCACCAACACCACCAAAUACCACUCCAAACCAUGUGUAG